AUGCCUGCACGCCUCCAUCGUUGGCAUGCCUGCUGCACUCUCCCCAUCGUUGGCAUGCCUGCGCCUCCCCAUCGUUGGCAUGCCUGCGCCUCCCAUCGUUGGCAUGCUCCUCACGCUAGCCUCCCAUCGUUGGCAUGCCUGCCUCCCAUCGUUGGCAUGCCUGCACCCACUCGUUCAUGCCUGCACUGCCUCCCAUCGUUGGCAUACCUGCACCGCCUCCCAUCGUGGCAUGCCUGCACUGCCUCCCACAUCGUUGCUUACCUGCACGCCUCCCAUCGUUGGCAUGCCUGCACGCCUCCCAUCGUUGCGCCUACCGCCUCCCAUCGUGCAUACCUGCCUCCCAUCGUUGCGCCUCGCACGCCUCCCAUCGUUGGCAUACCUGCACCGCCUCCCAUCGUUGGCAUGCCUGCACGCCUCCCAUCGUUGGCAUGCCUGCCUCCCAUCGUUGGCAUGCCUGCUUCAUCGUUGGCAUGCCUGCACGCCUCAUCGUUGGCUGCGCUUCCCAUCGCUGACUCCCAUCGUUGGCAUGCCUGCACGCCUCCCAUCGUUGGCAUGCCUGCACCUCCCAUCGUGCAUGCCUGCACACCUCCCAUCGUUGGCAUGCCUGCCUCCCAUCGUUGGCAUACCUGCACCGCCUCCCAUCGUUAG